AAUGACCUUCACGUGGUGAUUUUUCAAAAGUGUUGUGACAAACAUGAAACUGAAACGUUUCCUUUUACGUUAUUACCCACCAGGGAUUAUACUGGAUUAUGAACAAAGUGGUGAGUCAAAAACCAGAGUACUAGACCUCUUAGACCUCAUCCCCGAAAGUGACACCGAAGAGGUUUUAAAAGAGAUUUGUAACAAAGAGCCUUUGAUAACUGAAAAGAGAAAAAUACAAGUUCAGGAUUUGAUUGAACGCUUGAAAUCGAAGUUACGUUCGAGUGAAAAAUCGAAAUUUGGUCAGUAUAAGAUACUACGUGCACAUAUCCUCCCUCUUACUAAUGUGGCCUUUAACAAAAGUGGAAGUCAUUUUAUUACUGGUUCUUACGAUCGUACAUGUAAAGUUUGGCACACUGAAACUGGUAAUGAAGUGCAUACAUUAGAAGGCCAUAAAAAUGUGGUUUAUGCAAUUGCAUUCAACUUACCGUUCUCUGAUAAAAUUGCAACUGGUUCCUUUGAUAAAACUUCACGACUAUGGAGUGCUGAAACUGGAGAAUGUCAUUAUGUCUUUCAGGGUCAUACAGCAGAAGUUGUUUGUAUACAAUUUAAUCCAACUAGUAAUUUAAUCGCUACAGGUAGCAUGGAUACACUAGCAAAGUUAUGGGAUGUAGAGACUGGUAACGAGUUAGCUAGUUUAAAUGGUCAUACUGCUGAAGUGAUUGCAUUACAAUUCUCUCAGUGUAAUCCAAUUACAACAUCUGGAAUGUCAAAUAAUGGUGAUAGCGGUUUAUACGCAGACUCUAUAUGUGGUGCAGGCAAUGGACGUCUUAUGCUGACUGGAAGCUUUGAUCAUACUGUUUGUUUAUGGGAUGUAAGAACUGGUGAACGAACACAUCAUUUAAUUGGACAUGCUGCUGAAGUUUCUGCUGCUUCAUUUACUUAUGAUACCUCAUUAGUGGCUACAGCAUCAAUGGAUAAAACUGUUCGAAUAUGGGAUACUAGAACUGGUCGACAAUUACACCUUCUUACAGGUCAUCAAGAUGAGGUAUUAGAUGUAACAUUUGAUCCUAGUGGUCGACGUCUAGCCAGUGCUAGUGCAGAUGGUACUGCACGUGUUUGGAAUGUUGGUAUAAGUGGUGAUACAAAAAGUGCUAAAUUUUUAUCUACACUUAUUGGUCAUAAAGGUGAAGUUAGUAAGGUUUGUUUCAAUUCUCGUGGUAGUCUGGUGUUAACAGCAAGUGCAGAUAAAACAGCUCGUCUUUGGGAUUGUGAAACUGGUGAAUGUAAAGACGUUCUCUCCGGUCACACAGAUGAAGUAUUCAGUUGUGCAUUCAAUUAUGAAAGUGAUACAAUCAUUACUGGAUCAAAAGAUAAUACAUGCCGUAUAUGGAAAUAAAGAACACAAAAUAAACUAACCAUUAUUAUUAUCAUUAAUUAAAUCAUUCUUAAGCUAAAUAACACAAUGCCAUACAUUCCAUUCUCUAAUUGUAUCCUGUACAAUACUCAAAAUCAUAAAAGGGAAUAUUUAUGACUAUGAUGAUGACGAUGUUAAGAAUACUACUACUACUACUACUACUGAUAAUAAUGAUAAUCCCUUUUUGUUGUAAAAUGCAUUUUUUGUUUGUUUGUUUGUUUUUUGGUUUAUCUUUGUUUUGUUCUUACCUGCAUACACAAGUGACUCGGUGUUAAACAUUUCAUGCUUUUAUAAUAAUCGAUAUAUUUAUGGCGCAUAUAUCAUUCUUUAUUUCCUCACUCACUCACUCACUCACUCA